AUGGGAGAAAGUGACGCCAUCUCCCGAAAAGCCGUGAGACACCACAUCACUGACGAGACCUAUGAGACUGAAGAUCCCUUCGGCCAGAUCUAUGGAAAGCUGACUCCACUGCAGCAGGAAAGCCUCGUGACCUCAGCCGACCACUAUCAACAAGAGGCAGAGGAGACCUUUGAAGUGCUCUUCAACACGUCGUCUCAGGUAGACUUGAUGGAAGUGUGUUGUCCUCCUGACAGUCGCUUGUCCCAGACAUUCCUGGACAACAACCGCAAGGCGAUCCGAGUUGGCCUGCCGGCCCAUGACCUGUCCAACUCCAAGGACACUGAGGAGAUCAUCGCCAUGAUUCAUGAUUUGAGACCCAAGAUGAUGUGGAUCUCUCUUCCUUGCGGACCUUACUCUCCUAUUCAGCACAUCUUCAACCAGGCAACUCCUGAGCAAGAAGCAGCACUGCUUUUGAGGAAGAAGAGAUCUCGGAAGCUCAUUCGCAAUGCCCUUCGCCUGGUGAAGACACAGCUUGAAGAAGGAAGACAUGUAUGUUGGGAAUGGCCUCAAAACAACGGUGGCUGGCGACUUCCCGAGCUCAAGGUCCUCUAUGAUCUGAUGAACCAGUUCAAGGAGACGCACCAUGCCCACAUCCAUGGCUGCGCCUUCGGCGUGAAGAAUGCAGUGGGUAUGCCUUUGAAGAAACCAUGGAAGGUGGUUUGCACUUCACCCUCUAUGGCAGCUGCGCUGACUCGCCGAUGUCCUGGAAACCACGAGCAUGCCGAAUGCAUUGGUGGGCAAGAUGCUCGAAACUCAGGCUUCUAUCCAGAAGCCAUGUGCCGGACUAUCUUUCGCACGGUCCAGUCUAUGAACCACUCUCUGGAUGGUGGAGCCUUUGCCGAGUCCUUUCCCAUCUUCGAUGACACCCUGAUGGAGGAUGAGAAGGAGCUCAACUUAGAGAAACCUUUGAGCGACAGUGAACGAAAGAUGGCCAUGCAGACUUUGGCCAAGCUACACCGACGCACCGGGCAUCCCUCCAAUCAUGCCCUAUCUGGUUGCCUCAAACAUCGUGGAGCUCACCAUGAGGUGAUUGAGAUGGCAAAGAAAUAUCAAUGUCCAGAAUGUCAAGAGCUUCGGCUAGCUGAGUUGAACCCUUCUGGAGCUCUUCAGCGGCAUGGCACCAGGCACUCCCAGAGCACCACAACAGCAACCAGCGACUCCGACAGCACCCCAGAGAUCCAGAACCCCGGGAAGAGGGUUAGCCUGUCCAGAUUGGCACGAGAUCCAAGAUACACACCCGAGCCAGUGCCAAAACCCAGAACUGUUCCAGAACUCUUUGAGCAGCCUAUCUUCAAGAAGCAGCGACGCCUGCACCAAGGCGAAGAUGAGGCGAUGAUGGUCAGUGACACUAUGACCACGCCCAUGAAGGAUUUGGCUGACUACGCCUGCGUUCUCUACCUGGACUUGCCAAGCAAAGCCAAUGAGUGGAGAAAGAUGCGACGAACGCCCAUCAACUACUUCGUGAAGAAGGUGCGUGGAGCAGAAAUCCAAUGGCACAAACUUGAUCCCACCGAGAAGAAGAAAUUCAUGGAGGCAAAACACUUGGAGGUGCAGCAAUGGCUCACCGCCUCAGCCGUGAAGCGCAUCACAGGCGACUAUCCCAAAGAUCGCCUAGUGAGAAUGCGGUGGGUGUUGACCUACAAAGAGAAUGGAGCAGCCAAAGGCAGAAUAGUGCUGAUCGGGUUUGAAGACCCCGACCUAGGCUCAAUUCAGAGCUCAGCACCGACAAUGUCCAAACGAACACGCCAGUUGGCCCUUCAGUACUCCAGCAUCAUGCGCUGGCGCCUGCUCAAAGGGGACGUGAAGUCAGCCUUCUUGCAAGGCGACCCGGAUGAAGCAGAUAGAGCUCUCUAUGCUCGCCCGGUUCCAGAGCUGGCUGAAGCCCUCCACAUGAAGGAGAAUGAGGUGGUCCAGGUCCUCAAGUCCUGCUACGGCCUGGUGAACGCACCUGCUAACUGGUACUUGUGCAUCAGACGCACUCUUGCUGAGCUGAACUUCACACAGAGCCGCAGUGACCCAUGUCUCUGGUUCUACUACAUGGAGACUGGCGACCCCGAGCGACCCAAAGAGCUGGCUGGCUACAUUUGCUCUCACGUUGAUGAUUUUAUCAUCAGCGGCAAUGAAGAGUGUGAACAAUGUGUUGAGGCCAUUGAGCAGAUCACCUACACCACCAAGAAUGAGCAUGAGCCUUUGACAAAAGACGAGAUGUCUCAGCUUCGGGGAGCACUCGGUGCACUUCAAUGGCGGGCGCAACAGACCGCGCCUCACCUGAUGGCCCGACUGGGUCAGCUGCAGAGCUCCAUCACCAAAGCCAACAUUGAGACCAUCAAGGCCACCAACAAGCUGAUUCGUGAGAACUUCCAGCAUCGCUACUUGUCGGCACGAAUUAAUCAGCUGGGUGUGGAGGAUCCCCGAUCGGUUCACUUCGUGGCAUGGAGCGACGCAGCUCUCGCAAAUCGCAUCGACCUCAGCUCUACUGGAGGAUUCCUCAUAGCAGCUACUUCAGAGAAGAUGUUGCUUGGUGAGCGUGCUCCUUUGACGCUAGUCUCUUGGCUUGAUUUGAAAGCCAGCGAGAAGGCAAUCUCGCAAAUCCCCGGAACAGUUGUCACAGAUGCAAAGGCACUUUUUGACAUUUUGUUGAAGAGUGAUCUCAAUUCGGCCGCGGCAGGGUUGCGUGAUAAAUAUUCCGCAUUGGAGGUGCUUUGCCUGCUUGAAUCCUUGGCAAAGCUAGGAACCAAGGCUCGCUGGGUGCAUAGCGACCAACAGCUUGCCGACCAUUUGACCAAACCCCUUCCGGCCGGAACACUCCAUAAGGUCCUCAGUGAAGGCGCAUGGACGUUGGUGUUCGACCCAACCUUUACAAGCGCCAAGAAGGUAAAGGCGGCCAUGCGGAACAACUCGAGCCAAAAGUUUGGGGGCAUGUCGAAUUCUGAGCCUGACCCAACCUUUUUGUGUGAGCUUGACUGA